AGACCAAUAGAAAUAAGAAAAACGAAGCGGGUGGGAUAGGUGAUUGGCUGAUGCGAAGACGACUUUGCCUCUCGGAGCGAGACAGUUUGACUUAAUUUCCCGAAGCUGCGUUUAUUAGGAUGAACGAGACCGGCUCAUGCCGGCCAGGGAGCUGUUUUGCUGUCUCUGUAGGGUGGAAUUGUAUUAGUUUUUGGAUUUUGUUUUUUCAUGGUGUAAGCGAAUGCGAUCUCUUGUGUCUGUUUGAAAAUGGAUCCCUGAAUAACAUUUGCUGCUCCGUUUGUUGCGCUUUCCUGGCGUCAUGUCCGUCUGGAAGUUUAUAGGCACACAGAACAUAUGUAGACCUGAGCAAAUAAAUCAGUGCCCGUGUUAGAGCCCCAGAUUGUUCAUCUACGGAUAAAGUAAUCUACAGUAAUCUACAGGAAAUGUGGGGAUACAUGUGCAGUCAGUUUUAAAUUUACGCUUGGCGAGUUUCCUUUAUAUUGGCUUCUCUUCCCUGUUGGUCUUCUCACCAGCUAGAAGUCCUUUAUGAUGUCACUAUACGUAUAUACGGAUCAUCACUUAGGUCUAGUCUUCGUCCUUCCCUUCUCUUCUGUCCUCUCUUUGUCUAAGACUCUUACCCUAUCUUUUCCCCCUUAAAGUUUUCAGAUACUAUCAUGAAGUGAAAACUCCAUCUUGACUUCAGAAGAUCAUCAACUACAGUCCUAUUCAGAUAUUUAGGUGAGAGGAGUCUUUCUUAGCCUGAGAAAGUGUAAAAUAUCUUUAGCAGCUAUCAUCUGCAGUUAUCUGAAGGCACAGCUUCCAGAAAAGUGCCGAAACAUUUUUGUUGGAGAAAUGUCUUCAGAAUCAGAAAAGGACAAAGAGAGGCUGGUGCAAGCUGCCAAAACAUUUUUCUUUCACAUGCAAGAUCUUGUUGCCUUCACUAACACGCUUAUUGAAUUGUUUAACGGCACAAUGAAUACCCAGAUCCACUCCAUGGCUGUGAAAGAACAUGAUAAUGUUAAGAAUGUCUUUGAACAAACAUUCACAAUUUUUAAAGAGAUGCAAUCUGUCCUGGAGGCAAAGUAUGACCAGAUGCAAAAGGAACCUUUAUGUUCCAAGAUUGCAACAGCGGUUUGCUCUAUGGUUGAAAAGAAUACCAAUGUAAAGGAGUUGCAGCAGUCAGCUAAAGAAAUGUUCAGAAACGUUCAGACACCAAUCAUUGUUGCUGCCCUGAAUAGCAGUAACAUCCUUAGCAGUUUGGAAUCUUCUUUUUCACUCUUGAUGACAUAUCCCAUCAUGAAUCUUCAGUUAAGUGACCUCUAUAGAAAAGACACCGAAGACCAAUCAGAUGCCAACACAUCGGAGAAAAACAAAAGUCUGGGUCAAUCCAAAAUUGGUAUAGUAGACAUCUUGAAAAAAUUGCAGGAUGCGCUAAAAGCUGAGCAUGUCAAGAAUACCAUCGAGUCAGCUGCAGAUCAGUUGGAGCAAAUUGUCAAAACUAUGGGACCAAUCUUAGAGGUCCUCAAAAAAGCCAUAAGUACUAUGGAAUCCAAGAUUCCUGUGCCCAAGAAAGCCAAUGACCAGUAGGAGUGCAACAGAGGUGCUCAUUUCUGUCAGAAAAUCAGUUCACAUCCUGUGAAUUUUGGGAGUAUGUUCUAGGACCUUUGCUGCCAGAAAUGUGUUAUAUUAGGACAUAAGUGCAAAGAAUAGUCAUCUGGAAGACCAUUUACCUCAAGUUUUGCUUUAUUCAAAUAAAAAUCAUCAAAGAAAGCCUGCUUGACAGGGGAGUUAUUAAAAAAAAUUUGUUCAGAAUAUCAAAGUAAUGUAUUACAUUUGGGGAAGUCUCUAAAUAUUACAUAUCAUCUUAACGCAUAAU